GCCUUUUACUUCGCCUCCCUGGCGUUUCUCUCCGGAGCACGGACGCCGAGCCGGAAGAGAAUGGCGACGGCCGCUCUGAAGAGACUGUGGCCCCGGAGCCGCGGGGAGGCGGGUGACGCGGCGGGCGCGAAGCCGGGCGUGUGGGCGCGGUUGGGCGCCUGGGCCCGCGCGCUGCUCCGGGACUACGCCGAGGCCUGCGGGGACACGGCGGCGGCGGCGCGGGCGCGGCCGGUGCGGGCGGCCGUGUACGUGGGGCUGCUGGGCGGCGCGGCGGCCUGCUGCGCGCUGGCGCCGAGCGAGGCGGCCUUCGAGGAGGCGCUGCUCGACGCAUCGGGGACGCUGCUGCUGCUGGCGCCGGCCACGCGCAACCGCGCCUCCGAGGCGCACGUGCGGCGGCUGCUGUGGCUGCGGGGCGGCGGCCGCCUGCGCCACGUGGGCCUGGGCCUCUGCUCGCUGGUCUACGAGGCGCCCUUCGACGCCCAGGCCAGCCUCUACCAGGCCCGCUGCCGCUACCUGCAGCCCCGCUGGGCCGACUUCCCCGCGCGGGUCCUGGACGUGGGCUUCGCGGGCCGCUGGUGGGUGCUGGGGGCCCGCAUGCGCGACUGCGACGUCAACGACGACGAAUUCCUCCACCUGCCGGCGCAUCUGCGCGUCGUCGGGCGCCAUCAGCUGUGCUCCGAGGCCAACGAGCGGCUCUUCGACGAGAAGUACAGGCCGGUGGCGCUCACCGACGAUCAGGUGGACCAGGCGCUGUGGGAGGAGCAGGUCUUGCAGAAGGAGAAGAAGGACAGGCUGACCCUGAGCCAGGCCGACUCGCUGGUGCAGCCGAAGGGCCCGAGAUGAGCCCCAGGGAGCCCCGGCGGACUUGGCCCGGGCUUGUGUGAUUGGCGGCCGUGCGCCUCGAUUGCGGCCACUGAAAUAACUUAACGAGCAGUGUGUCCUCUCGCUGGGUUUUCACAAAAUGAGGGGCCCUGUCUCGCUCGCACCUUGUUAGCUGAAGCUGAUUCAGAGCCUCUUGGUCCCGGAGUUGGGGAGAGCAGAGCGACGUGACCGUGUAGUGUUUAUCGCUGCCAGAGUCAGUAAUGAGCCUUAUUCAUAAAGAAGCUUUUUGUCACUACUGGGCCUCGCAAUCCCCCUGACUGAGGUAUCACAUUUGUUAGGUGACUCCUAAACUCUCCUGAGACUGUUCAGAUUUUCGUGUUAAAAUUGGAGCUGCAGUGUUUAUUGUCUGUUUCCACGAAUAACAUUUUUGUUUUAAUUUCUGUAACUUUCUAUUUUGAAAUAGUCUCAGAUGAAACUGGAAAAAGGCAUCCUGUGUAUCUUUCACUUAGCUUCCGCCAUAUGGUAACGUUUUAUGUCAGCAAUACCAAACCCAGAGAUUGACAUUGCUAUGACUAUUUGGGUUUUACAGGGGAACUUUUCGCAAAAACAACCUGCUUUUACCAUAUGUGUGUUGAUGGUGAUGUUAAAGAGACAUGGAGGGAUAAAGCAUUGUCUGAUGCUGAAGGCUAUAUGGCAUCAUAGAUUCUGGUUAUGUUAUACUUCAGUAAACCUGAAAACACAGAAUCCUAUACAAAGGAAUGUUAGUGUACAUAACUGGUACUUAGUUAGGUUAUGGUAAUCAUACUUUUAAAACUAAGAUUAUAGGAAUGAAAUACCUCUGUCACCUAGGUGGCCUGUGGCUAGUUAAUAAAACCAGGAGGUGAAACAAC